AUGCAGCACCUCCAAGCAACACCAAUCACUAUCAGCCACAUCUACUCCAAAGAUGCGCGCCAGUGGCUGGACAUCAGUGGCCUACAACCUCCACAGCGGUCACUAUUUCCUCAUCAACCGAAAAUGGACAUACCACAGCCCUCUGCUGCACCUAUGUUGCAGUAUCAACAACUGCAAUACCAGCAGUACAUUCCGCCACCGCCGCCGCAGCAGCAGCAGCAGCAACAACCACAACAACCACAGCAGCAGCAAAAACAACAACAACAACAACAACAACAACAACAAAGCCUCUCGGGGACGAAGAGGAAUCACUUCUCCCCCUCAAAUCCUGACGAGGAGCAACCCCUAGCUCCCAAGAAACCCCGUCUCUCCUCCCCCCUCCCUCCCACCACCACCACCACCAACGUCACCCCCGCAAAGCGGCGCCGAGGCCGCCCAACAAACGCCUCCAAAGGCCUCCCUACAAAGCGGGCGCCUAGGAAGUCCGAAUCCAAAACCACCAUCACCACUACCACCAACAUGACUGGGCAAAACCAAGCCCAACCCCCUUGCACCACGGAUCCCGCACCGCAAGCGGUGCCAUACUAUCCAGGAUUCCAGCCCGCUGGUGCAGGAUAUGUUCCGCAGCCUGUAGCGAUGGUGGCGGCGUCGGAGAGUGAGAUUGAUGCGGGUGUUCGGGCGCAGAUGGCUGCGUUGGAGGAGGAAGAGGAGGCGUAUAGGGCGGUUAGUGAGGGGUUGGCAGUGGAAGGGGAAGCGGGAGUGGUGGCUCAGGAGGAUAGGGAGGAUUCAUUGUUUGGAGAUGAUUGUGGAGAGGGAAGUGGAGCAGUGACUGAAUGGACACUGGAUGCCGUGGGAGGAGAAGCUGGCGCUGGCGCCAACGACGACGACGAUAAGGAUUCUUUGUUUGGCGAUGUAAAAGACUUUUUUGAGUAA